GACGACAGUAAUGUGCGACCUGGGAGGCAUGCUUUAUCCAAGCGCAAACACUGUAAAUGAGCUGAUUUAAUGGUUCUUUUUACGUACUUAAAUAAUCGUAAGUUAUAUUUAUGUCUAUAUAAUUAUAAAUCCAGCAGAACCAUAAAGAUAUAUUUCAGUUUUAAGUAACUUGAUAUUUCUACUCAUCAGUGUUUUUCAAUUUACAUUCCAAACAAAACGUACAUUUUUUUUAUGAAUCAUUCAUUUGGUAAAACUUGUUUAUGCAUUUAUAUCUCGGGUUGAAGUAAAAACCAAUAUAUUUUACCAGAAAAUCCUCUGCCGGGUAGCUGUUAAACACUAUAAAAUGGGCUCUAAUUUAAUAUUAAAAGUCAGAUUAUGUUUAAACUCGCCUUUGCUGCCUUCCUCCGCACGCUUUCUUUGCACACAAUACAUUAAAUCAAACCUGGGUGGCGGACAGAUGGACAGAAGAAACAGUGGACAGGGUGAUGGACAAUCUAGAAUGAAAAAAAUAACUUAUAAACAGGAUUCAGAGGAUGGAAGAAGUAAGAAAUACACCUUGAGGCAGCUGCCUUCUUUUCCUAAAUCUGUUUUUGCUGCUGGGACUGCAAAGAAGAUAGCUAGGAUUCAGCAGAAGAAAGCAUCGUUAGUCUCUGAAGAUGAAGAAGAGCCUCAACGCAGAACAAACAGAGGAGCAGGAAAGCUGCAGCCUCCUGAAAGGCCCCUUCCUCCUGAUGAGUGGAGGAAGAUGAAGGAAUCUCUCGGGAAUCCAAAUAGCUUUGACUGCCAGAUGAUGACUUCUUUAGUUACCGCUGGGUCAGAUCUAGACAUUGCAAAGUCCCUGUUGACAUUUGUUGCCAUGGAAACCGGUACGUUGUCCUACGAGCUGCUGCUACGCUACCUGACGCUGUGUGUGAUCGGAGGCCACGAUGAUGAGGUGUUUGAUGUCUACAAAAUCAUGCGUGGAAGUUUCCCCUCCAUGGACACGGGAGCUUCCACCCUUUUCAUUAAAUCGUUCAGCCGUACGGAGCGCUGGAAGGAAGCAGUCGGAAUCCUGCAGGAGGUCAAGAAGGUUUUCACUCCAUCGCAACGAAACUAUCACGAUGUCAUCGCAGCAGCAGUCCAGCAUGGGGACACGGCCACUGCCUGGUCUCUGUAUGAUGAACUAAUCACAAAUGGAAAGAUUCCACACCAGGAUACCUGGGACGCUCUGUUCACUUGUGUGAAGAAGACUAAAGAGGAGGAGGAGGAGCCUGAACAUCAGGAGAAGCUGCUGAGAAUUCUGCUGUACAUGAGAAACAACCAGAUCUACCCUCAGGAAAGUGUCGCCGUCAAGAUCCGGACUUGGUUUGAGAGCCUCAAAGGGCCGAAAUGGACAGGAGGCUGGAGCAGCAUCACCCCAAAGGGUGUGUGUAGGUGUUGUGGGUCAGAACUGGAGUCUAUCCAGCUGAGUGCUGAGGAGUAUCAGGAACUGAAAGACAAAGUGAUGACCGAUGUCAUUCAGGGUCGAGACGUGUUUAAUAAGACCACUCCAGAGGAGCUGGAGCGGUUUAAGGUGUUUGUGAAGAGGAAGCCAGCUUUUGAUGUGGUCAUUGAUGGGCUGAAUGUUGCAAACAUCAACAAGGACAAGAACAAGCAGUCUGACACGCUGUUGGCGGUGGUGUCGGCGCUUGAGGAUCAGGGUCUGAAUGUUCUGGUGCUGGGGAGAAAACACAUGCUGAGGCCCUCCAGAUUCUGGAGCAAACACAACAUGAGCCUCAUCCAGCAGAAAGCACACUGCUUCUUCACUGAUAACAUCUCUGAGGACGAUCCUUUCCUGCUUUACGCCACGUUGCAUUCUGGGAACCACUGUCGAUUUGUGAGCAGGGACCUGAUGAGGGACCACAAGGCCUGCCUGCCGGAUGGGGCCUCAAGGCGGCUCUUUUUCAAGUGGCAGAGGGGCCAUCAGUUGGUCAUCGGUGGGCAUGUCGCACCUGGCAGGAGCAUCCGCUUUCAGAGUAUUCCCGAGUACGACACUAUUGUCCAAACAACAGGGGAUUCAUGGCACAUUCCCUACGAUGAUACGGAGGACCGGAGCACAUAUGAAGUUCCACUGCGAUGGUUGUGUCUCACUAAAAAACACUGAUCCAAGUUAUUGUGAUUUAAAUGUAAAAUAAAUAGCCACAACUGUAAAUAAAACCGUUCAAACUA